CUCAGUCACCGACGCGAUCCAAGGCUCUAGCUCCCAAAGACAUCUUAGGCAAUAGAAGUCCGAAGUCCCGGCUAAAUCUGUUAAGGGAGAAGCGGGUAUGACUAGCACCCGAUUUCUGUUGGGUGACCUCCUCUACAAUAGAUGGAGAGACCAGAGACGGUAGUGGACGCACCACCUUCUGAUCCCGAAAAGGAGAGUGAAGAAUUAGCGGCCCGGGUUAAGAGCUCCGUAUCCACACUUCCUCCUCUCCUCUCUUCCCUUCCAGACCACCAUGGCUGCAGGCAAUGGCACCGAGGCAGGGGGGCAGGAGGUCUGGGCGGGAUCAGGAGUGGAGGUGGAGGGUUCAGAGUUACCCACCUUCUCAGCCGGAGCCAAGGUCCGGGUGGGAGCGACCAUUGUGCUGUUUGUUUCUUCGGCAGGAGGAAACCUGGCCGUGCUGUGGUCAGUGACCCGGCCGCGACCCAGCCAGACCCGUCCUUCCCCGGUUCGGCGACUCUUCGCCCAUUUAGCGGCUGCCGACUUACUAGUCACUUUCGUGGUCAUGCCCCUAGAUGCCACCUGGAACAUUACUGUCCAGUGGUUGGCAGGAGACAUCGCAUGUCGGACACUUAUGUUCCUAAAACUAAUGGCCAUGUAUGCCGCAGCUUUCCUGCCCGUAGUUAUCGGGCUUGACCGCCAGGCGGCAGUACUCCACCCGCUGGGACCCCGCUCAGGUGGAAGGAAGCUUCUGGGGGCAGCUUGGGGACUUAGCGUCCUGCUGGCCGUGCCCCAGCUGUUCCUGUUCCACACUGCCCAGCGAGCCGGUCCAGUCCCCUUCACUCAGUGUGUCACCAAAGGGAGCUUCAAGGCUCAAUGGCAAGAGAUCACCUAUAACCUCUUCACCUUCUGCUGCCUCUUUCUGCUGCCACUGACUGUCAUGGCCAUCUGCUAUAGCCGUAUUGUCCUCAGUGUGUCCAGUACCCAGACCACAAGGGGGAGCCAUGCACCCGAUGGUGAAUUUGCCCUCCGCCGCAGCUUUGACACUCGCCCUCGUGUUCGUCUUCGGGCCCUGCGACUGGCCCUACUAGUCUUAUUGACCUUCACCCUCUGCUGGACACCUUAUUACCUACUGGGUCUGUGGUACUGGUUCUCCCCCACCAUGCUAAGUGAAGUCCCUCCCAGCCUCAGCCACAUCUUUUUCCUCUUUGGCCUCCUAAAUGCUCCUUUGGAUCCUCUCCUCUAUGGGGCUUUCACCCUUGGCUGCCAAAGAGGACACCACCAACUUAGAAUAGACUCCAAGGAAGGAGGGUCCAGAAGAAUGCCAGAUCAAGCCAUCAGACAGCUAGAAAUGCAAGCAAAUGUGCCAUCAAGAAAAGAAGAAGCAAAAGAGACAUUUUUGUAAUAGUCCAUCAGCUUUCAGUAAGAGUAUACAGAACAGAAUUACUCUCCACUACUGCAAGAAUGUCUCACUGCGACAUAUGCAUUC